AUGUACGGACGGAUUGUGUCCCGUCUCACAGAACGGGUAUUCGACAAAAGCGUAUGGGAAGCGAGUUCAGGAGAAGGAGCAGAACCGAAAGAUGCUCUACGAGCCGUGCUGCUCAUCAUCCUCUUUGUGCUCACAUUUGGAGCUGGAAUGGUGAGAUUUUCCUCUGAAAAUUGGAUAGCGACAUUUCUAAAAGGCGAAUGGGCUCGAAGUCACUUGCUCUCGUUCGUCUCGUGCAUCGGCGGAGGUGUCUUCCUCGGAGCCUGCCUUCUGGACCUCCUUCCCGACUCCAUAGAAUCCUUCGAGAAGACCAAAGUGGCCACAGAGUUCCCAGUGCCAUUGGCAUUUGUUGCCGUUGGAUUUCUACUGGUUCUAUCGAUUGAUCAAAUUGUGAAAGCUGCCAGAGAGCGGAAUGUGUUCGGACAAGUUGGCUAUCAUAUUCACAGCCAUGACCACGAGAUGAGACAUGAAGACGUGGAUUCUGGAGAGCAGGACGUUGCUCAGUCGAGUAUUGGAGUAACUAUGUUGGUUCUCGCCUUGUCGGUACAUGCGCUUUUCGAGGGACUCUCGUUGGCGGUCACUUCCGAUGCUUCACAGCUUUUGCAGAUCUUCGGUGCCCUAAUCCUUCACAAAUGCAUCAUGGGAUUCUGCCUAGGCGUUCGCCUGGUCCAAGCAAACCUCACCACCCCAUGGAUCGCUCUCGCCCAAUUCCUCUUCAGUGUUCAAGUGCUAAUCGGAGGUCUCGCCGGCAUCGGAAUCAUGAAAUUCAUCAGUGGCGGAGAGCAAUCCCUAGCUGCAAUCGUCUCCUCCAUCCUCCAAGCAAUCGCAUGUGGCACAUUUCUGUACAUUACGACAUUCGAAGUGAUACCCCACGAACUACAUAAUGGAAAAUUCCGAAUUCUCAAGACCCUAUUCAUCUAUUUCGGCUUCGGCAUCGUUGUCGCGUUUAUCUUGAUCUUCCCAGAAGCAUCCUAA